AUGGCUCCAGCAUCAAAGAGAAAGAGAGGAGGAAACAGCACUACUGAAAACUUCAAAGACGUUCGUCAAAAGAUCAGAACGCUGGAAGCAGGUUUAAGCGACAAAUCCAACUUGAACAACAUUGUAGAGAUCACAAAGUACACCAAAAGCAAUAAUGCACAGAUUGCGCAUGCUGCCAUACACUCACUCAACCGUGUAUACACAUCACUCUUGAUGGCUGGCGAUUUGAAAAAGCUGAAAAACGCCGAUGAAUCAUCUGCUAAAGCCAAGGUCAAUGCCUGGCUUCGUGAGCAAUACAGCGACUAUUUGGCUCAUGUCAGAGGUUUGCUGUCCAGCGAUGAGCCCGGUCUUCAGUUGCCAGCCUUCACUAUUUUGAUGAACAACAUCAAGUCUGAAUCAGAAAAUUUCAUGAACACCAAUGGAUCUUACCAUUUCGCCAACAAUGUGUACGGUCCCAUUGUCAAGGAGAUCAUCUUCAACACCAACUUUAAUGAGCAUUUGCGCAAGGAGGUUGUGGACAAAUACCUGAAUGUAUACGAUGAUUUGAGACACUACUUUUUGAAGGACGCAGCUGAGUUGAUGGAACAGGCCUAUGAAAAGAAGGAGACCGCCAAAAAGCAAAAGAGCAGCAAAAAGACAAAAUUUUCUACAGAGGAGACAGAGGCUGGCAAUGGCCACCUUGGUUUAGUUGCAAACAAUGUAUUUGCUAUCUUGGAGAGCAUUCGCACUAUGCCAACUGAAGCAUCCGAGAUUGAUGAAUUCUGGACCGUCAAUCCAUCUGUAUACGAUGCCAAACCCACCACCAAAUCCAAAAAAACAGACGAUUUAUUGGGCGAUGAAGGAUUACUGUCGGAUUCAGACAUGGAGGACACGGAGCAAGAUCAACCAACAGCUACAAAGACAAAAAAGAGAAAGCAUCCACUUUUGCAGCUGUCAGUACACAAGCGUGGCUUCACUGACUGCUGGCUCAAAUUGAUGAAACUGCCCUUGUCUGAAGAAAUGUACAAGAAGAUUCUGUUGAUUUUACACAAGCGCAUUUUGCCUCAUUUGUCAGAGCCCAAAUUAUUGAUGGAUUUUUUGACAGAUUCAUACAACGUGGGCGGUGCUGUCAGUUUAUUGGCUUUGAACGGCUUAUUCACAUUGAUCACAGAACACAAUCUGGACUAUCCUGAUUUUUAUACAAAGCUGUACUCUUUACUGGACAGAAAUGUAAUGCAUGUCAAGUAUAGAUCUCGCUUCUUCCGUCUUUUGGAGCUUUUCUUGUCGUCUGCAUACCUUCCUGCUGCACUUAUUGCUGCCUUCAUCAAGCGUAUGGCACGCUUGUCCUUAACUGCACCUCCUGCAGCCAGUGUCAUUAUCAUCCCAUUCAUCUACAACCUCUUGAAGCGUCAUCCUACAUGCAUGAGUUUGAUCCACAGCAACAAGGCUGUUGAAGAAGCCACUGAUCCCUUCAGCAUGGACAAUUUGAACCCUUAUGAAUGCAAAGCCAUCGAGUCAUCGCUUUGGGAAGUGCAGACCUUGAGCCAGCAUUACUAUGCAAAUGUGUCAACGCUUGCUAAAAUCUUUAGUGAGCAAUUCUUGAAGCCUAAAUACAACCUGGAGGAUUUCUUGGACCAUACUUAUGCAACAUUCUUUACUACUGAAAUUAAUCGCAAGAGAAAGAGGGAACCAGCAUUGGCAAUUGACAAACCAGCAGCAUGCGUUUGGGAAAUCUAG